GCCAAUGAGAGCCGCGCGGGGGGUGGGGCCACGCGCAGCCAGCGCGAGGGAACGGUUUCCGGCCGCGCGCGCCCUUUUUCCCCCCUUCUCUCCUGCCCCCUCCCCCGCCUCUUGGUUGCCCCCUUGACGGUUCGCCUGAGGGUGAAAAAUGCAGGGUAACAAGGGCUUUGCGAUGGAGAAGCAAAAUCACACUCCGAGGAAGCAGCAGCACCAGCAUCAUCAACAGCAGCACCAGCAACCACCGCAACAGCAGCAGUCUGCCCCAGCUAAUGGACAGCAGGCCAAUAACCAAAAGCGAUUCUGUACCUUAUUCCCCUCAGAUGAAGGCCUGACGAUUGACCUGAAGAAUUUCCGGAAACCCGGAGAGAAGACCUUCACCCAGAGGAGUCGCCUCUUUGUGGGGAAUUUGCCUCCCGAUAUUACAGAGGAGGAAAUGAGGAAGCUCUUUGAAAAAUAUGGGAAGGCGGGUGAAGUCUUCAUUCAUAAGGACAAAGGCUUUGGUUUCAUCAGGCUGGAAACGCGGACACUGGCAGAGAUCGCAAAGGUGGAACUGGACAACAUGCCACUGCGUGGGAAGCAGCUGCGAGUGCGCUUUGCAUGCCACAGCGCCUCACUGACUGUCAAGAACCUCCCCCAGUUUAUUUCCAAUGAGCUGCUAGAGGAGGCCUUCUCCAUGUUUGGCCAGGUGGAGAGGGCUGUGGUGAUUGUGGACGACAGAGGCAGACCUUCUGGGAAAGGCAUUGUGGAGUUCUCGGGAAAGCCAGCUGCUAGGAAAGCCCUGGACAGAUGUAGUGAGGGAUCCUUCUUGCUAACUAUGUUCCCUCGGCCUGUUACUGUGGAGCCCAUGGAUCAGUACGACGAUGAGGAAGGGCUGCCGGAGAAACUGGUCAUCAAGAACCAGCAGUACCACAAGGAGCGUGAGCAGCCUCCCCGUUUUGCACAGCCCGGCUCCUUUGAAUACGAAUAUGCGAUGCGUUGGAAGGCCUUGAUUGAGAUGGAAAAGCAGCAGCAAGAGCAAGUGGACCGCAACAUCAAAGAGGCACGUGAGAAGCUGGAGCUGGAGAUGGAGGCAGCUCGUCACGAGCAUCAGGUCAUGCUCAUGAGGCAAGACUUAAUGAGGCGCCAGGAAGAACUGAGGAGAAUGGAGGAGCUGCACAACCAGGAGGUGCAGAAGCGCAAGCAGCUGGAACUCAGGCAAGAAGAGGAACGCAGGCGCCGCGAGGAAGAGAUGAGGAGGCAGCAGGAGGAGAUGAUGAGGCGGCAGCAAGAAGGAUUUAAGGGGGCCUACCCUGAUGCGAGAGAGCCUCCAGAUAUGCGGAUGGGACAGAUGGGAAUGGGAGGUGCUAUCGGCAUGAACAACAGAGGGACAAUGGGGGGCACCAGCGUUCCAGCGGGACCACCUCCUGCCACUGGUCCUGGUCCAAUGAUUCCUGAUGGAGCCAUGGGAAUGACUCCUCCUCCACCCACCGAUCGCUUUGGCCAGGGCAAUGCGAUGGAAGGACUUGGAACGAUGGGAGGAAGCACAGCAGGAUUCAACAGAGGAGCUCCUGGGGGGGAUUUUGGCCCUAACAAGCGUCGCCGAUACUAAGGGGGUGGGGUUGCUGUGCCCCAGCCAUUCCCUCGAGAGGCCCUUGGGGGCUUUCCUUGGACCCCAAGGGCUGGCCUUGGCAAAAGGGGCACACGGGCAGACUUGCAAAGGGUUUAGUCAACACCACAAGGUGCAUUCCUGCAAAACGCAAUGUGAAAGUGGAUCCCGGGAGGCUUCGGUAGCUGCAUAGUGUGUGAGGCCAGGCUAGGUCCCUGAUGUCUUUCUCAUUCCCAAGCACCUCCGCCCAGGCUCAUCUCCCAGCUCACUCACCUGCUCUUGGAGGGCCAUGUCGUCUUUGCCCAGCCCUCCAAAGGCAUGUCUCCAGAGAGCUGGGGCAAAGCCUGGGAUCUGCACAUGUCUGUAGCUUCAAACAGCUUAUCAUGUAGGGGGAGGGGAGGGGUAGUUUUUUAAAAAAAACUCGUAGCUUUUUCCUCUUUUUCUCUGGACCACUUUUCCCCCUUUACUAUAGCUCUCUGGUGCAGCCAGGAGGUGGUGAUGGUGGUUUGGGGGUGAAUUAUUCAAUGUGUUGUACCAUUAUUUUUUACCGGUAGAAAAGUACAAUCUAUUGAACAGUUUCCUGUUGAAAACUCAAUUGAAGCAAUUGUUUGUAUAACCCUAACUUUGCCUGUCUUGUGUAGAAGUAUGAGACUUUCUUUCUGUGUGAAUCUGAACUGUAAUUGUCCACUAACAGGUUGAGUUUGUCUGAAGAUGGUUACAGGAAUGCAUUAUUAAAAGGGAUUUUAAGCCUU